CGGCGCUGAGCAGCCUUUACUUUGAAACUCUGGGAGUUGGGGUUGCUUCGCUGUGAAUGACGGAGAGAAACGAGGAAUAACGGAGAGAGCCGAGGAGCAACGAAGAAACCCGACGACCGAGCAGAAGAUACGUCCAGACCGAACAGGGAGGAACCACAGCAAAGAUUUGGACAUUUCAUUGUAUGGAUUAUUAAUUCUCGAUUAUUAACUGUACGGAUAAACUUGCGUUGUAUUGCUCUAUAUCCUACGGUGACGAGACGGAGACGUGACAGCUCUCAUGUCGCCCGAAUGUGAUGGAAACACGCCGACUGUAGCGGUGUGUUGAUGUUGUCAACAAGAGACACAGCACCCCGGCUAGCCAGCCAGCUAGCGCCCCGGCUAGCCAGCCAACAAGCGCUCCGGCUGGAUGGCCAGCUAGCCUCGUCCCGCACCCAGUCCCCGUUGCGGUGUUAGCUUAGCAGCUAGCCGCUGGUUAGCUUAGCAGCUAGCCUGUGGCCGUGCUGCAGCGGGUCGCUGGUAGAGACAUGCGGACGGUUUCAGGAGCUGCGUGCGGUUCUGAGUUGUGUCGUUUGUCGGUCUGCAGACGCGAACCUGGAGCUCACCUAGCCCUGAAGGCUUGAGACUGAACCACCGGUGUAUUAUUAUACCGUCGAUACUGACAGUAAUACAGUGUACUGUUAUACUAAAGUAUCAUAACGUUACGUUAGCACCGCAAUGUUUAUUGAGCUUUAGUUGAGUCAACAGCUGGAAACCCUCGCUACGGAGCCGCUGAUGGAGGACAGCCGAGCGGGUCUGUGUUGCCUCUUCAGCCAGGACCAGGGAACCACUGCCCGCCUGCACCUCCGGGUCUGCUCCUGGUUCUAAAGCUCUAUCCUCGGUCUGCUCCUGGUUCUGAAGCCGCUCCUCCGGGUCUGCUCUUGGUUCUGAGGCUGCUCCUCCGGGUCUGCUCCUCUCGGUCUGCUCCUGGUUAUAAAGCUGCCCCUGGUUCUGAAGCUGCUCAUCUCGGUCCGCUUCUAGUCCUAAAGCUGCUCCUCCUGGAUUCCUCCUGGUUCCGUCAUGUUCUCCAUUCGGAUCGUGAGUGCGGACUACUAUCUGUCCAGCCCGGUCCGGGACUUGGACGUUUGCUACUCGGAGUUCAGGGCCAGCGACGUCAAGAAGGUCCCGGUGGUCCGCGUGUUCGGGGCUACACCUGCAGGCCAGAAGACAUGUCUCCACGUGCACGGUGCGUUCCCGUACGUCUACGUCCCCUACGAUGGCUAUGGCCCCUCCCCCGAGCGCCACCUGCGGCAGGUGGCCUUCAGCAUCGACCGCGCCCUCAACAUCGCCAUGGGCAACCCCGCCUCCAACGCCCAGCACGUCUUCAAGGUGACGCUGGUGUCGGGCAUGCCAUUCUAUGGUUACCAUGCCAACGAGAAGCAGUACAUGAAGGUCUUCCUGUACAACCCUCAGAUGGUGAAAAGGAUGUGCGAGCUGCUGUGUAGCGGGGCGGUGAUGAACAAAGUGUACCAGCCCCACGAGGGUCACAUCCCCUUCAUGCUGCAGGUCUUCAUCGACUACAACCUGUACGGCAUGAACCUGCUGCACGUGGCCGCGCUCAAGUUCCGCACGCAGCGCCUGGCCCCUGGCUCCAGUGGGGCCCCCGGCUGCAGUCCCUGGAGGAGUCCCUGUGCUUCUAAACUAAACGACAGCAUGCUGGGGGCCUCGUUUCAGCGCUGGGAGCCGGACAACAUCCCCUGCUCUCUGGUCCUGGAGGGUGUGCAGCGCCAGAGCACCUGUGAGCUGGAGGCCGACGCCGUGGCAACGGACAUCCUCAACCGGCUGGAGAUCGAGACUCAGAUCGGUAAGAACCCCGGCCUGCAGGCCAUCUGGGAGGAUGAGAAGCAGAGGAGGAGAGAGAACCAGCAGCCCUCUCAGAUCCACACACCCCGGUCUCAAGCUCGCCCCAGCGUGGCCCAGUCGGGGAGCGAGGAGUUGUUCCUGAGGAGGUUCAGAGAGAUCCUGAAGGAGAACAACCUGGACCUGACCCAGACGGACGGAGCCCAGGAGGCGGAGCUGACCCUUCACCCUGUCAGCCACACUUCUCCUCCCAGCACACCGGCUAAUCGGUUGGAGCGCCACCCUCGCUCCCAGCCAGCCGUGAGUCCUAGCAGCAGUCUGUCACCAGAGGAGGCCCUGGUGGAUGAGGAAGCCAUCCUGAGUGUCCUGGAGUCCAGUCAGAUCUUCCCUCCUCCCUCCCAAGCAUCCAGCCACUCCCCCACGCUGGACCAGGACGUGGACCCGGACCGGUCCAUGGUGGACCUCCUGGCCGGCCUUCAGGACGAUGGUUUCAGGGCGUCGCCUCCCCGUCACUACAAUAGCGACGAGGAGGAGGCGGAGCCUGAGCUGCAGCAGGAAGAGGCGGAGCUGAGUGUGAUGAUGUCACAGAGAUGGGACAGGGCAGAGGAGUCAUCGAGGCCGGCCGGGAGGGAGGAGGACGAGGCCGAUGGCGAGGAGGUGCAGGAGUCCUCUGAGGAGGAGAUGGAGUGGGCAGGGAGCAACUCGCUGUUCGCCAGCCUGGCCAUCCCCCAGCUGGACGGAGCCGCCGACGACAGCAGUGAUUCCUCACUAACUGACAGCGGCAGCAGGAACCACUCCUCCCUCACCGCUCCAGACGAGUUCCUGACCCAGAUGAACCGGUUACCUGGGGAGACCCCGUCCUCCACCCGGCCGGCCCGGGAGACCCAGGAGCCCUCCGACUUCCUGUCCAGCUCCAGCCCCCACCACAGCGACCAGUGCGCCACAGGGUUCAAGAUCAACAAACAGAUCCCCUACAUCCCUCCGGUGAAGCACCCCAUCCCGUGUAAGGCCAGCGGCCACUCCGAGGCGUCUCCGAUGUGUGUGGAGAAGAAGGAGGAGGUCCGCCCCCUCUACUCGUACGAGAAGGCCACGUCAAUGGGCUUGGAGGAGGCGGACCUCGACGGCUUCCCGUUCGGGAACAGGAAAAUCACUCAGAGCAGGAAGAAGUACAGCAGCAUCAACAAGGUGGAGAACAACUGUCUCUCCAUCCUGCAGAACCACAGGACCUUCUCGCUGUGCUACUCGGAGCUGCGGAAGGUCUCGGGGAAGACUGAGGUGGAGAUCAGUCACAAGGACUGCAGCAGCUCCAGCCUGAGGACCUCCCACCGGGAGGAGGAACGCCAAGACGACAGGAUCCACCAGAUCGGUGAGGACGAGGACGAGGAGGAGGAGGAGGAGAUAGAGGUGGAGGAGGAGGAAGAAGGAGAUGUCGGGGAACUCAAGAUAAGGUACGAGGAUUACCAGGACAACAAGAGGACCAUGGUGGCCCAGCAGGAAGCCCACUACAAGUUCUUCCCCAGUGUCAUCCUCUCCAACUGUCUGACCCGGAAGAAGGCGGGCACCCCCAAACCAGGGGAGGCUGAGGAGGUGGAGCUGCCGGUACCCCGCCGGUCCAGACUGAAGCUGAGCAAGCGAAGGUCUGGAUCUCCAGCCCAGAGGAGCAAGGCGAAUGCAGUGGAAAGCCCUGAGCAGCAUUCCUCCAAUAGCCUCACCGGAAGCCAAUUCACCAACACUCUGCCAUUGAGCACAGACACAGAAAUGACCGACACCAAGGGUAGUCUCUUCACAGAAACCCUGCCAGAGCCCGUCCAAGAUGCGCCAGGGGUAGUGCCAACCAUUAAGGAGGAGCUGGUUGUUGAAGAACGGCACGUAGAUGAAUGUAAGGACACUCUGUCGCCGUCCCCCGCCCCUAACCCCUUCACUGAUGCUAUUGUGUCUGAUCUGGCUCUGUCCACCCUGGAGGAGAAGCCUUCACCCCUGGGAGAGCCUCCGUCCUCAGUCACCAAACCCUCAGGGAUGAUCAACAGCAAGUACACGUUGAGAACCAAACGCAAAAAGAGCCUGGACAGCGAGGACGGAGAGCCAACAGGAGCACCUGGACUCAAGAACGCCGUCUCCGUUAAGGAGCAACCUGAGGUGAGCGCUCCGGAGCCCAAGAACCAGAAACGCCGCAAGAAGGAACCUCCGAUCAUCAUCAAGUACAUCAUCAUCAACCGCUUCAAGGGACAGAAGAACAUGCUGGUGAAGAUGGCGAAGGUGAGCGUUGCCGAACCGGUGGUCUUGUUGACCUCGGACAAACUGGAGCAGUACAGCAAACUAGCCCCUCUGAAACAGUUCUGGCCCAAGGUACCGGAAUCCUCCGCUAUCAAGUUUCCCAUGUCGGAGCCAAAGGCCAAGAAACAACCCAGACGAAAGGCCAAGGCCGCUGGUACAGCCAAGAAGACGGGCAGCAGCUCCCCCAGACCUCCAGUCAGGCCUGGAGGCAGACCGGGGGGACGGGUGAACAGAGGUAGGGUCCCGAGGCCUUCCCUGGUCCCGCCAAACCCCUGCUACGCCGAGCAGGCGGACGACCACGACUUAGAGUACAACGACGUGAUGCUGGAACUCGGCUACCUAUCCGAGAGGUGCGCCAGCCCGGCGGACUCUACCCCCCCUCGCUGCUGGUCGCCUAGCGACCCUCUGAUGGAUACAGGACCCUCAGGUCAGCUGAUCAACCCCCUCAGUGACCCUUGUCUCAGUUGGGCUCCUCCAGACCUACCGGCUGAGCCGCGACGGUCUCAGACGCUCUGCCGUACUCAAAGUGCUAAACCUAAGAAGUCCCCGAAAGCUAAGCGAAGAGUUGCCAGUGCUGCUAGUACGCCCCCCGAAGGGGAAGGGGGCCAAGCCACAACCGAAAGGACGAGACCAGCGACCAGCCUGACCUUGAGGAGGAGGAGGAGGAAAGCGGCUGGAGGAGACGAAGAAACUGCAGACAACAGCGGUUCAACAACUCGUACGAGAGCCAGAAAAGCACCGAAAAAGAAAGGUCAAGAUCCCAAAGACUGUGAGACCUCCCAGCUCCUCUUCUCCGACGAUGAGCAGCACCCGGCGGAGACGUCCUCCCAGGGGGUCCCUUCCUCUCAGCAGCCUCUCGGCACAGCCAGCCAGGCCUGCUCCCACCGCCUGCCGGCUCCAGGCUCCCCCAGGCUCCUCGACGACCCCAAGGCUGAGGACCUAGAGACGUCCAUCAUGGAGGUCAACCAGGGGGAGGCACCGGGGCUCCAGAGGUCCAGCCCGGCGGCUGCGGUUAAGGCAGAGGCUGAUCCUGUGACAUGCACGACUCCCCGGGUGACGCCUCUACCUGAACCUUCACAGGAAGGCCGUAAGGCUCACACUCCAGCAGAAAACCCCCCACAAUCCCCUGCCUCCAGGAACGGGCAGAUACCCACGCUGUCGGAGACCCCGUCCGGGCUGGAGGUCCUGAAGAAGCUGCUCCAGAAGAGGCAGCGGGCCCAGGCCCUUCCUCUGCAGACGGUGGGGGUGCAGAGCUCCACAGGUCCUGCUGCAGCAGCCCCUACAGACCCCCCCACCAGGCCCCAGAGAUCAAGGAGGGCUGCCUCCACCAAGUCCAAGAACCCUCAGCCCACCACGCGCAAGAGACCCAGGAACGGCAAGGCCAAGGGAGGCAGCCAGCCACAGCUCCCCGUGAAGCAGGAGGCCGACGUGUCCGACGACAGCCCCGUCUUCCUGUCCGACCCGGGGCUGGACAGUUGCCACUUGAUCGAGGACAGCAUGUCUCCGGACGUUCCCCACAACUACAACUUUGACAUCAACGCCAUCGACCAGGCCGAGUUCUCCAGCCCCUACAGCGGCAGCCAUUUUGUGCUCGGUGACAAGAACCUUCCGGUGAAGUUCCUCAGCGACGUCAGCCUGGAGGGCGUGCCCGCUCUGAACCUGAGGCUCUCGUCCUCGGGGGAGGAGCCAGCGGAGGCGUCCCAUUGGCAGAGGGAGGAGCGAAAGAGCCCUGACCUCUUCGAGACCUCGGAGAACGGGGACACCGUAUCCAACCAGCUGUCCGGGAGAGAGUGGGGCUCGUCCGGGGGGAAGGGCCGCGGCCUCAGCCCCUUCCAGGACUUCCAGUGCGACCGUAAAGAGUUCCUCCUGUCCUCCCUGGAGCCGUUUCAGCCCCGGGCCCUGACCUCCGCCUCCUUCGCGGACGGCGAGAGCUCGCCCCCCGGGGACCUGCCGGAGGCGGGCGACGCCCUGACCACCACCACCCCCGGCAGCUCGCCGUGCUCCGUCAGCUCCCAGGGCCGGCUCCGGGGCGCCGGGGGCGGGGCCCACGUCCUCAAGCCCCUGAUGUCCCCGCCCAGCCGGGACGAGGUCCUCAGCUCCCUGCUGGACCUGCAGCUGACGGAGACCGCCUUCAAGGAACCCUUCUGCAGCGACCCCGCCGACGCCCCCGCCACAACCAUGGAGGUGGGGGGCCGGCGGCUGGAGGUGGGCACCACCCUGGCCCGGGACCUCCCAGAGGCCACGGGGGAGCUCUCCCAGGAGGGGCUCGCCUUCUGGAAGACCGCCUUCUCCGCCAUGACCCGCACCCCCUCCGCACCCCACCCCCAGGCGCCCCCCGCCCCCCCCGGGCCCUGGCCCGAGGCCGCGGGGGACCGCAAGACGGUGCUGCUGCCGUGCCGGACGGCCCCCAGCCUUGCCUCGGUCCGCCUGUGGCUGGAGGCCCGGCGGCAGUACCAGCGCCUGCAGGGAGCGAGGGGGGGGGAGGCCUCGGAGAGGGCCCCCACCGGGGCCCCCAGGAGCCGGAGGACCCCCCCGAAGCUCCUGGUCCGGGGCCCGGCCCCGCCCAGCCCGGGGGCCCCGCAGACACAGGACCCCGCCCAGGGAGAGGGCCCCGCCCAGGAGGGGGGAGGAGGACCCCAGGGCUCCCCAGAGUCCCCCGACCUCCCCCCCUGGCAGGACCCCUGCCAGCCCCCCGCAGCCCCCCAGGAGGAGGAGGGGGAGGAGGAGGAGGAGGAGGAGGAGUGGGAGGACGGCAGCAGGCUGAGUGUCUCCCCGGAGGGCUGCAGCGCGCCCCUCAGUCCGUCUCCCGUCCCCCGGGGGAGGCAGGAGGCCGGGAGGACCCCCCCCCCCUCCCUCCACAGCACCCCCGUAGUGAGGAGGCGCGGGGGGAGGCGCCGGGGGGAGCUGGUGUGCAGCACGCCCCUGGCUGACGAGGAACUGUCCAAUCCGCUGCGACGGAGGCGUGGCCAAGCAGAGCCAUUGAGGAGGGUGUUGCUGACCACCCAAAUUAAGAACCAGUUUGCGGCCCUGGCUGAGCCCCAGCAGCCGGACCAGAAGGAGACCUCUGGUAUCGAAGGGCCCAGCUUCUCCAACUCCUACGGCUUCAAAGUCAGCAUGCAGAACCUCCAGGAGGCCAAGGCUCUGCAUGAGGUCCAGUACCUGACCCUCAUGGGCCUGGAGGUCCACGCCCGGUCCCGCCGGGACCUGGAGGCGGACCCUGAGUUCGACCCCAUCUGCGCCCUCUUCUACUGUUUCCAUAGCGACGCCCCCCUGCCGGGCGCCGCCGCCCACCAGCUGACCGGCGCCAUCGUGGUGGCGGAGGACACGGAACGCCAGAGGAAGGCCCCCCUGCUGGUCCGAUCGGGCGUCACAGGCCUGCCGGUUACCUACGCCGCCGACGAGAAGAAGCUUCUGGACGAGCUGCUGCUGUUAGUGAGGAGGUUCGACCCAGACAUCCUGAUUGGCUACGAGGUGCAGAUGCGUUCGUGGGGGUACCUGCUGCAGAGGGCGUCGGCCCUGGGGAAGGACCUCUGCCAGAGGCUGUCCCGCAUCCCUGGUGACAGUAAGGAGAACCGCUUCCAUGCGGCCCGUGACGAAUACGGGGCCGACACCAUGUCGGAGAUCAACAUCAUCGGACGCAUUACCCUCAACCUGUGGAGGAUCAUGAAGACUGAGGUGACUCUGAACAGCUACAGCUUUGAGAACGUGGCGUUCCACGUCCUCCACCAGCGGUUCCCGCUCUACAGCGGCCGCACGCUGUCCGACUGGUUCGACCACCACACUGACCUCUACAGGUGGAAGGUGGUGGACCACUACGUGAGCCGUCUGAGGGGCAGCAUGCAGCUGCUGCAGCAGCAGGACAUCGUGGGGCGCACCAGCGAGCUCGCCCGCGUCUUCGGCAUCCAGUUCUACCACGUCCUGACCCGCGGCUCACAGUACCGGGUGGAGUCCAUGAUGCUGCGGCUGGCCAAGCCGCUGAACUACAUCGCGGUGUCGCCCAGCGUGGAGCAGCGGGCGCAGCAGAGGGCUCCCCAGUGCAUCCCGCUGGUCAUGGAGCCCGAGUCGCGCUUCUACAGCAGCUGUGUGCUGGUGCUGGACUUCCAGUCGCUGUACCCCUCCAUCGUCAUCGCCUACAACUACUGCUACUCCACCUGCCUGGGCACCGUGGGCAGCCUGGGCACGCCGGAUGAGUUUAAGUUCGGCUGCACGUCUCUCAGAGUCCCCGUGGACCUGCUCCACCAGCUGAGGGACGACAUCACCAUCUCCCCUAACGGGGUGGUCUACGUUAAGCCCGCGGUGCGUAAAGGCGUGAUGCCCAGCAUGCUGGAGGAGAUCCUGAAGACCCGUCUGAUGGUGAAGAGCUCCAUGAAGACGUACCAGCAGGACAAGGCGCUGCUCCGCCUGCUGCACGCACGCCAGCUCGGCCUCAAGCUCAUCGCCAACGUCACCUUCGGCUACACGGCCGCCGGCUACUCUGGACGCAUGCCCAACGUGGAGGUGGGCGACAGCAUCGUGCACAAGGCCCGGGAGACGCUGGAGGGCGCCAUCAGGAUGGUGAACAGCACCAAGAAGUGGGGCGCCCGGGUGGUGUACGGAGACACAGACAGUCUGUUUGUGCAGCUGAAGGGGGCCAGUAAGGAGCAGGCGUUCCGGAUCGGAAGUGAGAUCGCCGAGGCCGUCACCGCCACCAACCCCAAGCCCGUCACCCUCAAGUUUGAGAAGGUGUACCUGCCGUGCGUGCUGCAGACCAAGAAGCGCUACGUGGGCUACAUGUACGAGACUCUGGAGCAGAAGGAGCCCGUGUUCGACGCCAAGGGCAUCGAGACCGUCCGCCGCGACGCCUGCCCCGCCGUCGGCAAGGUGCUGGAGCGCUCCAUCAAGCUGCUGUUUGAGACGCGGGACCUCAGCCAGGUGAAGGGCUUCAUCCAGAGGCAGCUGCUGAAGGUCCUGGAGGGCACGGCCAGCAUGCAGGACCUGACCUUCGCCAAAGAGUACCGGGGCAGUGGCUCCUACCGGCCUGGGGCCUGCAUCCCCGCCCUGGAGCUCUCAAGGCGCAUGACGGCGUACGACCGGCGCCUGGAGCCCCGGGUGGGCGAGCGCGUGCCCUACGUCAUCGUGUACGGCUCCCCGGGGGUCCCGCUCAUCCAGCUGGUGCGGAGGCCGCUGGACGUGCUGCAGGACCCCUCUCUGCGCCUCAACUCCACCUACUACGUCACCAAGCAGAUCCUGCCCCCCCUGGGGCGCCUGCUGCAGCUGGUGGGCGUGGACGUGCUGCGCUGGUACCAGGAGAUACCCCGGGUCCAGAAGGCGUCCCUGUGGGGGGCGUCGGAGGUGGGCCGGAGGGGCACCAUCUCGCAGUACUUCACCUCGCUGCACUGCCCCGUGUGCCAGCAGCUCACCCAGCUGGGCGUGUGCUCCGCCUGCCGCGCUGACCCGCAGCGCGUGGCCGUCACCCUGAACCAGGACGUCCGGCGCUGGGAGGCCCAGCAGGACCAGCUGCUACAGGUGUGCCGGAGCUGCCGCGGCAGCGCUGAGCGCCAGAUGUCCUGCGUGUCUCUGGACUGUCCCGUGCUCUACAAGCUGUCCCGCGUCGGCAGGCAGCUCUCCAGGGGACCCUACCUCCGCCAGCUCCUGGAGCAGUUCUGACGGGCCCCCCGUUACCGGGGUUCUCCCCCCCGGCUGGUGUUGAGGGGCUCACCGGCCGCUACGUGAAGACGGCCCCUCCCCCCUCGGUGCUAGGACGCUGUCCUCCAUCUUACCUUCUCAGUGUGUCCCCGUGUUCACGCUUUGACCCGGAACCUCCCCCCCGGAAGGUCUUCAGGUCAGGACCCACGGACCACCAGCGGCUCAUGUGAGACCUGUCACGUGACAUCAGUCACGUGACGUCAGCCAUGUGAUCAUUUUUGUGCGUUGUCGCCAUGAUGUGUGUCCGUUUCUUUGCCCGCUGCUAACAGCUACGUGUGACCCUGGGGUGUCCAGAUACGUUUCUCAUCUCACCGCCGUGUUGAAUGGACUGGGUGCGGCUGAACGGUGUAAAUAUCGCCAGCACUGAGCAGCACAGAACACGGCGUGUUGGGAAAGCUGCUGUGGUCGGACCGGCGCUGUUCCCGGUUGUCUUGUGUUGAUGACCGUCGUUUGGAGCCUGGAUUGUACCAGGACGUCAGGUCGGACCUGAAGACUGAGAUCGGAACUAACGACUCUGAUUGGAAUGGAGCUUUGCGAUUGGAUCUGAACUCUGAGAUGGGACCUGACUCCUCUGACCUGACUCCUGAUUGGCCCAGAGGUCGGCCUUGGACCUGGGGCCUCUGGCGGAGCAGGACUUUGGGACUGUUGCAAUAGUGUACUGGGAUCGUUUUAUGUCACGAAGAGUAUUAUUGUUUUGUUUCUUAAUGCAUUUCUCUGUGGGGAAGUGGUGCGUGGUAACCAUAGUGAUAACCAUUCUAGAAUGUCCCUUUCCCGCCAAGCAGCAGAUCUGUGUAUUUGUAUAAAUGUAAAAAAAAAAAGAAGCCUGUUUUCAGCUGUUUUUAAUGCACAUUGCUGUGGGUGAACCUGUGAGAUUGGUAUAAUAAAAAAUAAUCAAUGUAA